AUGCCUCCUCUCCUCUCCCCUAUCCGUUCUCCCCUCUCUGUGUUGCUGGGAUCCUAUGCUAACUCCAUUGUCUCCAACAGCGUGAUAAGUAAUUUGCCCUCCCUGCUGCUCGUGCGCUUUGGAAUUGGGACUGAGGGCAAGACGUUUCUUGCCAGGCUCUGUGAGCAGGCCGAACGCUACGAUGAAAUGGUUACAUAUAUGAAGGAAGUUGCCAAUCUGGGCGGUGAACUUACCGUUGAUGAGCGCAACCUUCUUUCCGUUGCCUACAAAAACGUUGUUGGCACCCGCCGUGCUUCCUGGCGCAUAAUCUCCUCCAUCGAGCAGAAAGAGGACUCGAAGGGCUCUGAGAAACAUGUUGCUAUCAUCAGCCAGUACCGCCAGAAGAUCGAGGCUGAACUCGAGCGCGUCUGCCAGGAUGUCCUUGAUGUUCUGGAUCAAUCCUUGAUCCCCAAAGCCGAAUCCGGUGAAUCCAAGGUGUUCUAUCAUAAGAUGAAAGGUGAUUACCACCGUUACCUCGCCGAGUUCGCUUCCGGUAACAAGCGCAAGGUUGCUGCGACUGCUGCCCACGAGGCUUACAAGAACGCUACUGAUGUUGCCCAAACUGAGCUGACGCCCACCCACCCCAUCCGUCUCGGCCUUGCCCUCAACUUCUCCGUGUUCUACUAUGAGAUCCUCAACUCUCCAGACCGUGCCUGCCACCUGGCCAAACAGGCGUUCGAUGAUGCUAUUGCUGAACUCGACUCCCUAUCCGAGGAGUCGUACCGUGAUAGUACUCUGAUCAUGCAGUUGCUCCGUGACAACUUGACUCUGUGGACCUCGUCCGACGGUGCUGAGCCCGAGACCACGCAACCUAGUGAGCCCAAGGACGAUAAGCCAGCUGAGGCUUCCGAGGGCGCCGAAGGUGCUGCUGAAGGUGCUGCUGAUGCGCCUGCAGCAGAGGAGCCGAAGAAGGAGGAGGAGGCUGUUGCUGGCCCUUCUUGAGGUUGACAAGGCAAAUCCCGCUACCUUUCCCCCUACAGUUUGCGCAAAACAAAGCCAUACUGCAGGUGAAGUGGUAGGUAUAUCGGAAUGUCCUGUUAAACACACAAAAAUAAAACAAAAACCAAAGUAUCCACAGUUGUCCCAAAAGAGCAAGUA